CGUUUUCCUGGCUCGGUGAGGUACAACACCUUUCGAUUGCUCCGAAAGUGCAUCUCACUCUGUACCGAAAUUUGUCCUCGCUGAUGUGCAUUUACGUCGCUGUCGACAAGAACGUAGACAUUGAUGGCGCCAACAAUCCAUUACUAUUGUCCAUGCCAAUCUGGAGAGUCAGUUCAGAUGCCUCCACCUCCGCAUAUGGCGUCUUCCUCGGCUAGUUUCCACCCUUUGCAUAGUUUGUUCUUCUGCGAGGAAUGUGACGCUGUUCGGUGCAAUCGCUGCGUUUCCGUCGAAGUCAGUGGCUACUAUUGUCCAAAUUGCCUUUUCGAAGUCCCAAGUGCGAGCGUUCGCGCGGAAAAGAACAGAUGUGCUCGAAAUUGUUUUUCAUGUCCUAUAUGCCGGUCAACCUUGCAAGUAGUCGCCUCUGACCCUCCUGAUGGCGGCGAUGGUAGGCCUUCCGUGUCUCUCAGUAACGUUGGAGAGCCUCCCUUCUUUCUUUAUUGUAACCACUGCAGAUGGGACUCUGCCGAAGUUGGGAUAACAUUUGAAAAACCAACUGGACUCGCCGCACAGCUGCAAAAAUUUGAAGAUUCUGCGCCCGAAUCCCUGGAGUUUGAGCGACUGAAGGAGCAUUUUGAACCUUUCCUCCGUACAUCAUCUCUUUCUUCUUUGUCACAUGUUCCGAGUACUUCUUCUCAUCAUCUUCCUACUUCAUCUGCUACAGCCGCUGCUUCCGCUGCGCUUGCGCGUGAUAUUCCCGGCGUUGGGAAGUAUAACCCUCUCGCUCGCAGUCGCGUGGGCCGGGACAGAACGGCAAACAAGGACGAAAUGCCGGAGUACAAAAGUAGAAUGGAGAUCGGUGUUCUUGGUCAGCUGGGGUCUGAAGGAGAUGGUUCAGAUGUCGAGGCACUUCGGCGCAUGGAAAGUGCGGAGGAAAUUGCGUCACUUGAGCAAAGGUGGGGAAACAGCUGGACCACCUCGCUUAGAACAAGCGAUCUACGCCCUCUGCGGAUCCCCCUCCAUUCCAAAGUCUCGAAGCGAUGCCCAAGUUGCAGGCACAUCCUCAUCAAACCAGAGCAGAAAGCACAAUCUGUGCGAUACAAGAUCAAGCUUGUAGCGGCUAAUUAUUUGCCAGCGAUGACUGUGGCCCUUCCGCACACUCAAGGGGCUGACGCUACUAGGCGUCCGCAGGCUAAGGCACCCAGUGCCUCGGAUGACCGGAAUGCUGGUGUUAUGAUGGCCGGAAAAUCGUAUCCCUUCCACCUCGCUUUGACAAAUCCCCUCUACGAUCCCAUUCAAGUCCGACUUUCGGUGCAGCGAAUGCAUGUCACUGCAGCAACUAACAGUGCUGCACCGGAGAAGGCUCGCAGGACACCCUUCGCAGUAUCUCUGCCAACCUCUUCAUUCCCUGUCGCUGCAUUCGCUGAAGCAUGGGAAUAUGAUGAUGACGACGAUAUGUUCGGGCUCGAAGAUGAUGAACUUGGUUUGGAGAUGGGUCGAACCCGAGACAAAGAUGGCAAAGGGAAAGUCAAAACUGUAGGAGUUUUGGAAAAGAGGGCCAAUGUUACAGUUGUGGGGGGUGAGGUUGUCAUCGGAAAAGAAGCCCGGGGCCACGUAAAGUUUAAUAUGCUUGUUUCUUACACCUACCGAUCCGAUGAUCCACUUCCCUCGGAGGAUGGUGCGGGGACGCCUUCCCGCACAGUUGCGAAGACCCCGGAAGUGAAGACAUUCACCUUCUAUACUGUCGUUGAUCUUGGUCUCAUUCUUCCUAGGGAAGAAAAGCUGGAUCCAGAUAUAUGAUGAUGCUCCUUUAUUGCUGUAUUGCGACGCAUAGCUUAUGCCGUUUGUGCUUGUAUUAAGCAGCGACUUAAACUUUGAUACCCACGAAGAAUUGAAUGCCGAUAACACAGCCUUAUUCACAACCCGUCA